AUGCAGAAUACCCACGACGUUUACGACGAUUGCGUACUCGAGGACUCCUUGUCUCAAGGUGACUGGCACAUCGAGGAGGACCCAAUCGUGGACUACGAGAUGCUGCUCAGGGAUUACACCGUGUCGAGGGUCAUAGAGGUUUGCCGGGAAUACCGCCUGCCCCUUGUUCUAACCUUCGUCGACUAUGAGAAAGCCUUUGACAGCAUAGAAACGAAUGCAAUACUGACAGCGUUGGUCGAUCAAGCUUUUCCACCGCCCUCUCACCAUCCCAAUGGAAAGGAGAUACGACAAGGCGAUACUAGAUCGCUGGAGCUGUUCACGGCUGCAUUACAAUGGAUAAUGAAAUCACUUUCCUGGGAACAAAGGGGCAUACGUGUUGAUGGAAGAUUUCUCUCGAACCUUCGUUUCGCGAACGACAUCGUUCUCUUUUCGAGCAGUACCAAUAAAGCAGAAACGAUGCUCAACGAAUUGAACGAAGCAAGGAAGAGAAUAGGACUACGAAUAAACAGAAAGAAGACACAGUUCAUGAAGAACGCCUACUGCGAGGACGCAGGAGUACAACUUGAAGGCUCCCAAAUUGUGGAAACUUCCUCAUACGUAUACCUCGGACUUUCUAUGAACAUGGAAAACUACUUGAAGGAAGAACUGAAUAGAAGAAUAAGAGCAGCAUGGGCAGCAUUUGCAGCCGUCAGAGAAGCUACGGACCAACUGACGGACUAA